AUGGGUUUAGAAGAUAAUCAAUAUUUGCAAAGAUUCAUCAAUUUUGGUGAGAAGAAAGCUGGUUCAACCACAAGAGGUAUCUUGGUUGGUUUAUUUGCUGCUUUUGGUGGUUUCCUUUUUGGAUAUGAUACUGGAACCAUUUCAGGUAUCUUGGCUAUGGAUUAUGUCAAGGAGCUUUUCCCGGCUGCAAAUAUGGGCCCUAAUCCAGAUUUCUCUGCUAGUGAAAAGUCACUUAUUGUUUCAAUCUUAUCCGCCGGUACAUUUUGUGGUGCUUUAUCUGCUCCUAUCUUCUCAGAUAGAAUUGGUCGUAGAUGGACUUUGAUUAUUUCGACUAUGUUUGUUUUCAAUUUGGGUGUUCUUUUACAAACCAUAGCUACUUCCAACCCACUUUUGAUCGCUGGUAGAGCAAUUGCUGGUUUAGGUGUUGGUUUGAUUUCAGCUGUUAUUCCAUUAUAUAUUGCAGAAACUACUCCAAAAUGGAUUAGAGGAGCUAUUGUUUCUUCAUAUCAAUUGGCUAUUACCUUAGGAUUGUUGAUUUCUGCAAUUGUGAAUAAGAUCACUGGAGGUAGAAAUGACUCUGGUUCCUAUAGAAUACCAAUUGCGCUUCAAUUUGCAUGGGCUUUGAUUUUAGCUGGUGGUAUGCUCAUUCUUCCUGAGACUCCAAGAUUCUGGGUUUCCAAAUCCAAGGAAAUUGAGGCCAAAAAAUCUUUAAGCAGGUUAAGAAAGUUACCAGUAGACCAUCCUGAUUUAGAAGAGGAAUACGAAGAUAUUAAGGCUAACUUUGAAUUUGAAAGUCAAUUUGGUAAAGCAUCAUGGGCUUUGGUUUUCAAAAAUUCUAAUAAACAACUUAAAAGAUUGUUUAUGGGUGUUUCACUUCAAGCUUUACAACAAUUAACCGGUAUUAAUUUCAUUUUCUAUUACGGUACUACAUUUUUCCAGAGCUCUGGUAUUUCAAAUCCUUUCACUAUUCAAAUGGCCACGAAUAUCGUCAAUGUUGGUAUGACUUUCCCUGGUAUUGCUUUGAUUGAACUUGUUGGAAGAAGAAAGUUAUUGUUAUCUGGUUCAGUCGUUAUGUCCAUUUCUCAAAUCUUGGUUGCUGCCAUUGGUGUUGCGACAGACUCUAAAGCUGCUAACCAAUGUUUGGUUGCAUUUUGCUGUAUAUUUAUUGCUGGUUUUGCAGCUACUUGGGGACCACUUUGUUGGGCUGUUAUUGCUGAGAAUUAUUCUCUUAAUGUGAGACAAAAGUCUGUUGCUCUUUGUACUGCUUCGAACUGGUUAUGGAAUUUUGCUAUUGGCUAUGCAACUCCAUAUAUGGUUGACUCUGGUCCAGGCAAUGCCAACUUAGGUUCAAAGGUGUUCUUUAUUUGGGGUGGUUGUAAUGCCAUUGGUUUCCUUUUUGUUUACUUCUUUGUUUACGAAACUAAGGGAUUAUCUUUAGAACAAAUCGAUGAAAUGUACUUGAAAGUGGACAAAGCUUGGCAAUCUUCAAGUUUCAUUCCUAGUGAACAUGCUUUUAGAGAAAAAAACAGAGUUGUUGUUUCUGAUUCUAAAGAAAAUGUUAAUGAAAUCGAACAUUCAGUUUAGACUAGCUUUCAUAUAGUAUAUAUUUUGUUUAUUAUUGGUUUUCAUUAUAAUGACUGAAAACUUUAUUAAAAAUUUGUUAUGAUUAUUGAAAA